GGUGGGUUUGGUACUUGAUUGAACAGCUGUGUCGCAUUCAACUCACUCGAAUCCCGAAUGACGUUAAGGAAGAGAAGUCUAUGAAUGUCAAUCUCGGGACCGUUGGUUUAUCCAAAGGAGAGACAUUAUUUGCGGGCUGCAUUUCGCAAAAGCGAACUCUUGUUUUUUUUUUUGUUUAAUCAGUGAAGCUUCAUAGGCUAUCCAUAUCCCCAACGGCUGCCGCUGCCCAACUGCUGGCGCCAGGCUGAAGUGGAAUGCGCACUAGUAUUGUCCUGCCGCACAUCCACUGCGCACUGCAUCUCCGCGAGUCAACAGUAGAGAAGUGGAGAGCAACGCGGGAGAAACAGUAUUGUAAGGAAACGAGCGCUUUCCUCGACGAGACUUCUUUGUGAAGUUUCUUUUUCUGCCGGCGGCGCCCCCUGCAGUUGUUGAUGUGGUAUGACCCUGUGUGGCAGGAAGGUGUUGACGGUGCUGAGCAGCGUGUUCGCUGUGUGUGCCCUGGGCCUGCUGGGCGUCGCUGUCAGUACUGACUACUGGCUCUAUCUGGAGGAGGGCGUCAUCCUGCCCCUCAACCAGAGUACCGAGUUACGCAUGUCCCUGCACUCAGGCCUCUGGCGGGUCUGCUUCACAGCUGGUGAUGAGAAGGGCCGUUGUUUCACCGUUCAGUAUGUGAUGCCCACCAACGUGCAGCUGACCUCUGAGUCUACAGUUAGUGUGCUGAAGAUGAUUCGUUCAGCCACUCCCUUCCCCCUGGUGAGUCUCUUCUUCUUGUUCAUCGGUUUUGUCCUGAGUAACGUCGGACACAUCCGGCCCCACCGCACCAUCCUGGCCUUCAUCUCCGGAAUCUUCUUCAUCCUCUCAGGUCUGUCUCUGGUGGUGGGCCUGGUGUUGUACAUCUCCAGUAUUAAUGAUGAGAUGUUGAACAGGACCAAGACCAACGAGGCCUACUUCAGCUACCAGUACGGCUGGUCCUUCGCGUUCGCUGCCAUCUCCUUCCUGCUCACUGAGACGGCCGGCGUCAUGUCCGUCUACCUGUUCAUGAAGCGCUACACGGCCGAGGAGAUGUACAGACCCCACCCGGGCUUAUACGGGCCGCGCCACAGCAACUGCUCCGACUACUCUGGUCAGUUCCUGCACCCGGACGCCUGGAAUCAGCGCGGCCGCAGCCCCUCCAGCAUCUCCAGCGAAGCCUCGCUCCAGAUGAACCACUCCCUCCACUCCAACUACCCAGCGCUCCUCAAGUGUCCCGAGUACGACCGCAUGUCCUCCUCCCCAUGCUGAGGCCCGCGUGAAGCCCUGGAGCCUGGGCGGCGGGUUGCUCACACAUCCCCAGGAAGGGAGAGUCUGGCUGGGUUGCUGAGGUGGUAGAUUAGGUUGGUCGGUCUAGAGGGUGGCGAUUGGGAGGCGCCUAGG